AUGAACAAAAGUAUCAGUACUUUAACAAAUAACGACGCGAGUGUUGAUUUGGUCAACCUGUUAUCGAAUGAAAACCAAGACCUAAAGAAUGAAAUCAAGUUACUUCGAGAGAAAAACAUCAAUAUCACACAUUCUGUGGCAGACCUAAACUCCAAGAUUGAAGAAUUAGAAAGCGAGAAGCAAAGCCUCAAAACUGCGCUGAAGAUCUUAUACGCCGACCUGGAAACUGCGGAAGGAAAUAUGCAAUCACUAACUGACAAACAUGAAGCCCAACAGCAUCCAUGGAUUACAGUAUCUGGCAAGUCGAAAGGUCACCCAAUAAACCUUGAGUUAAACAACAACAACAAAUACUCGGCCCUGCACGUCGAGGAUGACACAGAAAUUGUCAUUGAUAGUGACGAAACUAAAGCGUCAGUAAAUUCAGCUGGGAGUAGAAAUAAAUACUUUCCACAUCACACACCAAAAACAAAGACGACCAGAAAACUACAAGACCCGAAACCAAGAAGUACAACGUCAGCUCAACAGCGAAAGAUUGCUAUCCUGGGAGAUUCAAUGAUUAAAGGUAUAAACUCAAGAAAACUUCAACAUGGCCUUAAACAAAAAGUCAUUGUAAAAACAUUCCCGGGUGCGCAUGUAGAAGAUAUGACUCAUUACGUGAAGCCAACUCUAGCCUCGAAUCCAGCUGAAGUCAUUGUACAUAUCGGUACAAAUGACUUGAAAAACAAGUCACCCAGUCCCCUACUUAAAACGGUAGACAAUCUUGGAGAAAUGAUUACGGAGAGUAAAGAUGUUAAACUGACAUUAUCAGAGAUUAUAACCAGAUGUGACGAUGAAACUCUAGCGGACAAGGUAAAUAUUUAUAAUGAACUUCUAGCUAACCUUUGUACUGAGCGAAAUUGGGGGUUAAUUAAGAACUCUAAUAUAAAGAAAGAACAUUUAAACAACUAUGGACUCCACUUAAACCCAAGAGGUUCGACGGUCCUAGCUAAGAACUUUAAACUGUAUGUAAGUAAUCAAAAUCGACUAAAUGUUAAUACACAAAACCUAAUGAUGCAAGAACCUAUUAGAAACUCCGGUGCAGUAUCAACGGAUAACCAAAGCAAACUAUAUCCAAAACUUAAGGGCUUUUCAAUUGCGCAGUUAAAUAUUACCAGUCUGACUAAACAUAUUGACGAACUCAGGAUUCUCAUAACAGAAAUGAACUUUGACAUACUAUGUAUUAAUGAAACAAGAAUUGACAAAACAAUUAAGAACUCAGAAAUAGGACUUCAGGGAUACGACUUAACAAGACGUGACAGAAAUAGACGCGGUGGGGGUGUAGCAAUAUACAUACGUAAUACCAUACCAUACGUGGAGAGGUCAACAAUAAUCCCUGAAAAUGUAGAGGCAGUAUGUAUCGAAGUAAGAAAGCCGAAUGCCAAGCCAAUACUCAUUUCGACGUGGUACCGACCACCAAACUCCAAUUCUGAGAUUCUCGACUCUUUUGAAAUCUUUCUUCAAAACAUUGACACAGAAAAUAAAGAAAUUAUAAUAACUGGAGACUUUAAUAUAGAUUUAAUGCCCAGUGAGACCGAGAAUAGUAAGGCAAAAAGGCUUAAAGAAUUACUAAACACAUAUCAAUUGUCUCAACUUAUUAAAAAGCCUACUAGAACAACAGAAUCAACGAAGACGCUCUUAGAUUUAAUAAUUUGUAAAACUGACGACCCAAAAACCGCUACAACGGACGUUGUUGAGCUAGGUAUAAGCGACCACAACCUAGUCUACACUUGUAGAAAGGUCGGAAUAUGUAAACAAAAACCCAAAAUUAUUGAAACAAGGCAAUACCAUAAACUAAAUAAUGCGAAAUUCCAAAACGAUUUAAAACAAGCUUUACUACAUAUUAAUGAACAUUCAGAUCCAAAUACGGCCCUACAGGAAUGGAACAGAAUUUUUCUACUGAUAGCUGAUAUAAAUGCUCCUAUACGAUUGAGAAAAGUGAGAAGUGACCGACAACCGUGGAUGACUGAUGAAAUUAAAAAACUGAGCUUUCACAGAGACUACUUAAAAAAGAAAGCAGUCAUGUUAAAUUCCUCUGCCUUUCAUAGUUCAUACAAAAAAUGUAAAAACAAAGUAACUAAACUUAUUAGCAAUGCAAAAACUCACUACUUUAGAACCAAUCUCGAAAACAGCAAAAAUUGCAAAGAAAACUGGAUUCACAUAAACAAACUGCUAAACCACAAAACGGUCAAAACUCAGACGAUCAAUAACAUUAAAUUUGGAGACCAAAAUAUUACAGGUGAUAUCAACAUAGCAAAUACAAUUAAUAACUACUUUGUAGAAAUUGGACCCAAACUUGCUUCCGUUAUUUCUCCUACAGACAUAGACCCUAUACAACCUAUUCAGCCUUGUAGAUCUGAAUUUAACUUAAGAACAAUAACAACGACAGAAUUAAUUCAAACAAUUGGGAAAACUAACUUAAACAAGGCCCCAGGUCUAGACAAAAUACCAAUUAAACUAAUUAAACUAGCAGGAGAUGCCAUUCACGACUCCUUACUACAUAUCUUUAACCUUGUACUGGGCACUGGCAUUUUCCCAGAUGAUUUAAAACUUGCUAAAAUAAUACCUAUUCAUAAAGAAGGUGACAAGGCGGAAUGCGGAAACUACCGGCCUAUAUCUGUAAUUCCUACUGUCGCCAAAAUCCUUGAAAAGAUUAUAUACGACCAAUUAAGUUCAUAUAUCAAUGACAACGACAUCAUUUGUAAACAGCAAUUUGGCUUUAGACCAAAUCAUUCUACAGAAACUGCCCUAUUAAAAUGCACAGAUCAAUGGCUACUCAACAUGGAUAAAGGAAUGGCAAAUGGAGUGCUAUUUUUGGAUCUUAAAAAAGCGUUUGACACGGUUGAUCAUUCUAUUCUCCUACAAAAGCUAUACCAAUAUGGUAUAAAGGGUACUCCUCUAAAAUUACUAGCAUCUUACUUAAACAACAGAAAACAAGUUUGUGUCAUUAAUAAUAACAAGUCAGGCCAAGAAACAGUUCAAUGUGGAGUACCACAGGGUUCCAAUCUGGGACCAUUGCUAUUCUCAUUGUACAUAAAUGAUUUACCAAUGUGCCUUGAGUACACACAAGCAUCCAUGUUUGCUGAUGACACCAAUCUAUCAUGCACAGGAAGGACCCCAGCCGAAAUUGAGCACAAACUAAACGCUGACUUAUCCAAUGUUAACGACUGGUUAGAAGCAAAUAGGUUGACAUUGAACACAGACAAAACAGAAUUUAUGAUAAUAGCCUCAAAAAGAAAACUUAAUCAAUUUCGCACUGAUAUUCGUAUACAUAUAAACGGAUCCAUUAUUAAACAAGUUAAGCAAAAAAAACCCUUAGGUAUUACAAUUGAUAACGAACUAAGGUGGACUGAACACAUUAAUGAGCAAUGCAAAAACUUUCAAGUGCAAUAGCUCUGCUUAGAAAGGCAAAACCACACGUACCUUACAACGACUUACUCCGUAUUUACAAUUCCCUGGUAGUUCCUUACUUUACAUACUGUUCGACAGUUUGGAACGAUGGAAACAAAACAAAUUUGGAAAAACUUUAUAAAUUACAAAAGCGAGCCGCUCGUAUAAUUACUGGAUUAAACUAUGAAACAAGAUCAAAAACAAUCCUCCAGAGUCUAGGUUGGCAUCCAAUAGAUAACAUUCUUAAAAAAAGAGAAUUUCUAAUUACGUUUAAGGCUAUCCGAGGUAUAGCGCCGGAGUGCAUCUGUAAUAUGUUCUCCUACUGUGAUAAUAGAAGUCACCACAUGCGGAGCAACGGGCGGAAACUAA